CACACAUACAAGCGCAAACUAAUAUUUAAGUAGUCAUCAGAUUCAAUUUCCCAAACAGAGACGUUUCGAAGCUCACAUAUUUGAAAAUAUUUGAUAAAGUCGUAUCUUCUCACAUAAUUUUCGUAAAUAAGAUGUUGCAUUUUCAAACUGUAUUUUGGGUACAACUUUUAAUUAUCAGCCUAUUCUACACUCACAAAGUAAUCACAUCAAUGCCGAUAGCUGAAGAACUGAGUAUUGAGUGUACAAUUCAAUGUGGAGUCGAAGCUGAUAAAUGUCAGAAAGCACAUACAACAACACAACCACUAAUAGAAGCAUGUGUACAAAAAAUGUUUGAAUGUGUCAAACACUGUACUGGACCACCACCUGUUGAAGAUUAUUAUUAUUACUAAUCGAACAAACCACCAGUUGAUUUAUCGGUAGUAUGUGCUCGUUUUAUGAAGGUCUCUUAAUUCCGUAAAACAAAAGUAUGGCAAAUAUAUUACAGUAAGAAAAUGUUUGUUAUCUAUUUUAAGUAUUAAAAAUUAUCAAUAAACUUCUAUGUCAAGUUAA